AUGGGACCCCUCAUGCCCACAGGAUGAAUGAGCACAGGUCAUACAGUUCUGGGAUGUCAGACUACUGAUAAGACAGUUAUCACUUUAUUUAUCAUUUUAGUCCUUUUGUGCCUGGUAGCAGUGGCAGGCAAUGGAUUUAUCAUCAUAGCCCUGGGCAUGAAAUGGUUGCUCCGGAGAUCACUGUCAGCUCAUAAUAAGUUACUGAUCAGUCUAGCGGCCUCUUGCUUCUGUCUCCAAUGGGUGGUGAUAGGUAAAAAUAUUUAUGUUUUCCUGAAUCCAACAAGCUUCCCAUACAACCCUGUGAUGCAGCUCCUAAGUUUAAUUGGGGACUUCCUGAUUGCUGUUACUCUCUGGUUCUGCUCCUUGCUAGGACUCUUCUAUUGUGUGAAGAUUGCAACCUUAACUCACCCUGCAUUCGUCUGGCUAAAGUACAGGGUGCCUGGGUGGAUACCAUGGAUGUUGCUCAGUGCUGUGGCGAUGUCAAGCUUAACUAGUAUCCUGUGUUUCAUAGGCAAUCAUAUGGUAUAUCAGAACUAUGUAAGGAGUGGCCAGCAACCUUGGAAUAUCACUGGGAAUAGCUUAAUAAACUCGCUUGAGAAAUUCUACUUCUUUUCUACAAAAAUAAUUAUGUGGACAAUCCCUACUGUUAUCUUUAACAUUUUUAUGAGUUUGCUCCUCAUAUCGUUGGUAAGACACAUGAAGAAAACUCUCUUGACCCUCUCAAAACAUCAGGAUAUCUGGACACAGGCCCACAUCAAAGCUCUCCUUCUUCUCCUGUCCUUCAUCAUCCUUUUUAUCUCCUGUUUUCUGACACUGAUAGUCAGUUCUGCCAGGAGUACACCAUUUCAGGAAUUCAGGUAUUGGAUGUGGCAGGUGGUGAUUAAUCUGUCCACAGUGAUACACCCCUUUGUUAUACUCUCCAGCAACCCUAGGCUGAGAGUGGUGAUGAAGAGGGGUUGCUGCUGA